GUUCGUUGGGCACCUACGGGUUUAUUUUACAUUUGCGAGCUUGUCAUUUGGUUUUUAUAGAUUACAAUAUUAUUAGUAGGACCUCUUGGUUUUUUGUACAAGGACGGAUAGAUGCACCUCCCUUUGGUUCAGACGAGUGGAGCUGACGCUUAGAUCUGAUAUUAUUUUAUUAAUCAUCCCCACAAAAACACAAACAAAAUGCUAGCAGACAGCCCAAGCAGGGCAGCAGGAGAUUCCAUUAGAGUUGUUUGCCGGUUUCGACCGCAAAAUGGGAGGGAAAUCAAAGAGGGUGGUGUGCCGGUUGUGCAGUUUGAUGAUGAGAUGACGAGCGUUCGGCUGGAGAGUAAAGAUUACCCUGGCACCUUCAACUUUGACCGCGUGUUCGACUGGAAUACAACUCAGGAGCUUGUAUUCGCCUAUUCUGCGAGCGCUGUGAUAGAAGAUGUUAUGAGGGGAUACAAUGGAACAAUCUUUGCGUAUGGACAAACUGGGAGUGGAAAGACGCACACAAUGAUGGGUGACAUGGAAAAUGAGGAAAUGAAGGGAUUGACACCGCGUAUCGUCGAAAACAUCUUUUCAACCAUUUUUACUUCCCCUCCCCAUCUCGAAUUUACCGUCCGCGUCUCCUUCAUGGAAAUUUACAUGGAAAAGAUCCGUGAUUUGUUGAAUCCCAGCAAUGAUAAUCUCCCCAUUCAUGAAGAGAAGACCCGAGGCGUCUAUGUCAAGGGCCUCUUAGAAGUCUUUGUCGGAUCGAUAGACGAGGUAUAUGAGGCCAUGCGGCGUGGACAGAGCUCACGAGUCGUUGCACACACAAAUAUGAAUGCAGAGAGUUCCCGAAGUCACUCCAUCUUUGUCUUGACCAUCACGCAAAAGAAUUUGAACGACGGGAGCCAAAAAGUCGGGAAACUGUCAUUGGUCGAUCUUGCUGGUUCAGAAAAAGUUGGUAAAACGGGUGCCUCAGGACAGACUCUUGAAGAAGCGAAAAAGAUCAACAAGUCCCUGUCAGCGUUGGGAAUGGUCAUCAAUGCUCUCACGGACGGCAAAUCAUCACACAUCCCGUACCGUGACUCGAAGCUGACGCGUAUCCUCCAAGAGUCGCUCGGUGGAAACUCGAGAACAACGCUCAUCAUCAACUGCUCGCCGUCAUCAUUCAACGAAUCCGAGACGCUCUCCACCUUGCGCUUCGGGAUGCGAGCAAAGACGAUCAAGAACAAGGCCAAGAUUAACGCUGAACUCAGUCCAGGGGAACUGAAAGCCUUACUCAAAAAAUCUAAAGCCGACAUUGCCUCCUUGCAAAGCUAUUCCAACGCACUUGAGGGCGAACUGAGCAUUUGGCGCUCGGGGGGAACAGUGCCAGAAAAGGAUUGGGUAACACCUCAAAACUACCUUCAGGACCGUGCUUCAACCGUCGUUCCUCCACCCUCUGUUGCGGAUGUUGUAGCCCGCUCCUCAACGCCCGCUCUCCCAAUAGCAGACGAUGAGCGCGAAGACUUCUUGAAGCGCGAGAAUGAGCUGUCGGAUCAAUUAGCUGAGAAAGAAGCCCAAUUAGAACGAUUGAAGAAGGAUGCGGAAGCCAUGAAUGAGGAGCUGGCCUCUUUGCGGAAGGAUGACUCUGCAUUGGCUCAGGAAAACAAGGAAUUAAACACAACAUUGGGUGAACUCAAACUUCAAAUGGAGAAGCUCUCCUUUGAGAACAAGGACAGCGCGAUUACCGUAGACAGCUUGAAGGAUGCCAAUACAGAAAUGUCCAAGGAAAUCGAUGAAUUGAAGAAACGGAUCAUCGAGUUGCAAUCCGCGCAACCGGUCCUCACCAUCAGUGAGGAAGAGAAAGAAAAACGGAAGAAGGAAAAGAUGGCGCAAAUGAUGGCCGAGUUUGACCCAUCCGCUUCUAUGACCGAAAAGGAAAAGCAGCUCCGCUCUACCCUUGCCAAACUCGCUCAUAUGAAGGAAAACUCUGAGCCUCCCACAAACCCCGAGGAAAUAGAAUCUCAGCAUUAUGAACUCCUCGACGUGAAGGCCCAAUUGACUCAACAGGAAGCACUAAUUGAUGAUCUAAUGGUGAAAACCAAAAUCGCGGAGGAGGACGCGGGGCAUCUAGCUAAGCGGAAGGAGGAACUGGAACGGCAGGUGGUGACCUUGCAAAGAGAGUAUGAGGAGCUUUUGGACAAGACGAUUCAUGAGGAGACACAAAAUGCCGGGCCGGAGGUUGCUCACAUGUUUGAAGAGCUGAAGGCCAAGCUGGAAUCAACAUACGAGUCCCGUAAAGAGAUGCAAGAAAAGGAGAUGGAAGAUUUCAAGACCCUUCUAGCGAGAAAGGACGAUGAGAUUGCUAGAGUGCAGAGCAUGAUGACGGACCAAGCGAAAAUUACAGAGAAUCUUAAAUCUGUAACAGACUCUAUGAACUCUAUGAAAUCACUCGACCAAUCUUCCGCCGUCGACACGCAGGCGCGCGCGGAAAUCGAAGCGAUUCGCAAGAGCAUGACCCACCAAUUGGCCGAGUUUGACACUAUGAAAAAGAAGCUGAUGCGCGAUCUCCAAAACCGCUGCGAAAAGGUCGUUGAACUCGAAAUCUCCCUGGAUGACGUGCGGGAACAGUACAAUUCCAUUCUCCGGACGUCCAAUUCGCGAGCCCAGCAGCAGAAGAUGGCCUUUUUGGAGCGCAAUCUGGAGCAACUGACUGCGGUUCAGAAAACACUUGUGGAGCAAAAUACGACAUUGAAAAAGGAGGUGGCGGUUGCGGAACGUAAAUUGUCGGCUAGAAACGAGCGAAUACAAAAUCUCGAAACUCUUUUACAAGAUGCUCAAACGAAACUGGAGCUCCAGAACCAUAAGUUCGAGGCACAGCUAGCUGCCAUGCGCGAAAAAGUCCAAGAAGCUCGAUCUCAAACCCAACAACAACCCACAAGCAGCUGGCUCUACUCUUCCCGUAUCGCCAAACCCCUUCGUGGAGGGGGUGGGACGUUUGUGGCCGCUGGUGAAAGUGAAGGACAGGAACCAUUAUCCCCCCUUUCCCAACUUUCUCAACUUGAUACAUCAGACGCACCCGCCAAACGAUCUUCGUGGUACAUUAGUCUCUUGAGCAAGAAGGCUUGAUAUGCCCCGAUAGAAUUAUAGAAAAACAUGAUGGAACUUAAUCUAGUGUACAUGAUUUCUUUUUUUUUUUGUUACUUGUGUGUUGUUGAGAGUGGUGGGAAUCGAUAUAUAUUUUGAGGGCUGAAAGGUUUACUGGUUUGUUUCUUUAUGGGUUCCUUUGCACUUGGAAUGGCGUGAACCCUUUCUUUUGUCUCUUUAUUGUCAAUUCAUGGUAGGAAGUUGG